AACGGAAGCAGCUCGGUGAUAUUCUGGGCUGGAGAGUCGCCGUGAGGAUUUCACAGCGGCGGCUCGGUAACGUCUUUCUUUGAAACAUGAGUGAUGCAUAUGAAAUUGUCCAUGCUCUCAAAGAAGACACAUUAAAGAGUGAAACAAGUGAAGACCCAACUAAUGAUGGAAAAGAAAUUGCAAACAAGGACUCUUGUGACCUGCAAUGUCAAGAUAAUAGUAAAAACAUUCCAGAUGAGACCCUUGAAAUCCAACUUCAAAAUGAGUUCAUGAAUAGGCAAGAUAAAGUAGAAGCUAUCUCAGGUCAAGACAGAACUCAAACAAGUGGACAACAUGAGGAUGAGAGUGACGCUGCUAAAGCUCAAACUGAAGCUAACAAUGGCAUAAGUGAUAAGGCAAUGGAUGAUGUUGACCCCCUGCACAUUCAGGAAAGCACUAAUGUGGAUGAACCUCAACCUCCAAGUAAUAUUGGUGUUAAAGAUGUAUCUCAGAGUGAGAUGGUGCAAAUCCAAAUUCAAGCUUCUGAUGAUGGACAAGGUGAAGUUUGGAGUGAGAUGCAGCAGGUUCAACAACAGGUAGGUGGGAAUGAACAAGGUAAAGCUCUAAGCACAUCAACUAAUUUUGAAUGCCAGUCAAUCAGUGCUGAAAAGACUGAAGUUCUGGGAAAGUCAGGUCAAGUUGAAGGUCAACCUGAUAAUGGUCAAAAAGAUGAAGUUCUGUUUGAAUUGGGCCAAGUUGAAGAUAAAUCUGACAAUUAUGGACAAGGUAAAGGUCACAGUGAUCUGGAGAAAACUGAAGAGCAAUCAACUAGAAGACAAAAUAAAACUCUGUGUGAGUUGGACCAAGCUGAAAAUCAUCCUAUCAAUGGGCACGAUGAAGCUCAGAGUGAACAAAACCUUGUCCAGGAUCAGGGUGAUUUGGGUGGGCAAGGUGCAGAUUCCUAUGAAUCUGGCCAAAUUAAUGAUGAUGAAAAAGAUGACACUACAAGUGGAGCAAGCUCAGAUCAACCUAAGACACUUGAUGGUAGAAAAUUGACAAAUGCCACGUGCACAAUCAAAUUAUUGUCAACUGGUAAAAGAACUUUUCUGUUCACUGGAAAGAGAUUCCCAACCUACAGUAGGAAAAUGGGGAAAUUUAAAAUUGAAAGAAGUUUCAAAAGUAUUGAAAAUGUAAACUUGAAUGCUCCAGGAGCAGAGAAAAUUGCAUCUGAGCCAGAUGAGAAAAGUCAUUUCAGUGCGGAAUCAAUUUUGACAAAUGGUACUCAAGACUCUGCAGUUGGAAUGAUGAAUGUGGAUGAUAAACAAAACAAGAUCUCAGCUAAAAAGAACGUAACCCAGUGUCGUAAAGGGGGUAAAGUAAUAAGAAAGUUUUGGUGUGAUUUAUGUAAAUUAGCUUGCAGUUCUGCCCUGAAUCUACAAGCACAUUUCCUUGGCUUGAAACAUAAAAAGAUUGAAACAGCUUUAAAAUGGUAUGUCAACAAAGUUGAAGGAGUUACUAAAGAUGUAUAUCUAGUUCCUAUGGAGAUGAGAUCUGUGGAAGAUCAUCUUAACGAAUUGAAGAUAAAUAAGGCUGUGAUAGGUCUUGAAUAUGUGGUUGAAUAUCGUUAUGGCCAAAAGAAAAAUCCAAAGAUUUUCUGUAAACUCUGCAAUUUUAAAUCAGAAAUCGCCUUGUUUCUUCUUCAUAUCCUUGGAUCUAAACACAUGGAAACAUAUCUGUGCAAGCAUUAUCCAAGUAGCCUCAAUGUCAGGAAAGCAGGAACAGUUUCUAAAUGGAAAGUACAUGUCAACAAAAAAGCACUGCAAAUUGAAAGAAAGUAUGGAAGAGGGAAAGUAACUAUUGUCCAAGAAAAAAUAGACACAAAGGCCAAUGAAAAAUCUGCUGUAAAACGAAUGGCAAGGCAAUCUAUUGUGGAACCUGAGUGUAAACGACAGAAAUGUAAAGCUACUCCAGGUACAGUUAUUAACCCAAUUAAAGCAGGAACAGCUGAUGACUUGCUAAGUUCCAUAGGGUCAAAAAUUCUUGAAGAUCACAUCAAAAAGUCUAAUUUUAAAGAGGCAAUAAUAGGACUAGAUUAUUUGACUCAAUGUCAUUAUAAAGGAAAAACUGAGCCAUUAUAUUACUGUGAGCUGUGCCAUUAUGAAUUGCCUCUUGAAUGUAUAUUGGCACAUAUCUCUGGAUUUAAACACACAAAAAUGUACAUAAGAAGGAGGCAUCCAGAUUCAAGUUUUAGCAAACACGUUGUAAAAUAUGAAGCAGCAGAAAUGGAAAAGACUAACGGAAGGGGAAGAGUGAAGGUGAUCCGAGAUUAUGAUGGAUCUCCACUCAGUGAGAAGACAACUGCAAGUAAAGAUGCUGCAACAGCUGAUGACUUGCAAUGUUCAAUAGGAUCAAAAAUUUUGGAAGACCACAUCAAAAAAUCUAAUUUUAUGGAGGCAAUAAUAGGGCUAGAUUUUUUGACUGAAUAUCAUUACAAAGAACAGUUUAAACCAAUAUAUUACUGUGAGCUGUGCCAUUAUGAAUUGGCUCUUAAACCUAUGGUGGCUCACAUCUCUGGAUAUAAACACAUGAAGAUGUACAUGAGAAGGAGGCAUCCAAAUUCAAGUUUUAGCAAAUACAUUAUAAAAUAUGAAGCAGCAGAAAUGGAAAAGACUAACGGAAGGGGAAGAGUGAAGGUGAUUCGAGAUUAUGAUACCCGUCCACCCAGUGAGAGGACCGCUGAAGCAAUAGAUGAAAGCCAGCUGCAAGACAUGGAAUACUGUAAUAUUGACCAAGAUCAGAGAACUUGCGUGGAAACCUCGUGCUCUUCAAGAUGUACAGAUAGAAAUCAGUAUGCUCGCUCAAGUUCCAAGCCUGGUAGGGGAGUAACUUCCUCAAAAGAAAGCCAGCUGCAAGACAUGGAAUACUGUAAUAUUGACCAAGAUCAGAGAACCUGCGUGGAAACCUCAUGCUCUUCAAGAUGUACAGAUAGAAAUCUGUAUGCUAGCACAAGUUCCAAGCCUCGAAGUAGAGUAACUUCCUCAAAAAUUGAAUCUUGGACAGAUCCCAAAUAUUCUCGAAGUGAAUCCUCAACAAGUAAACAUAACCAGACUAGGAAAAGAGAAAACUCCAAAGAAAUCAAACAUCCUGGAGAAGAUUGGCGAGAUGAAUGUAAGCGAUCAAGUAAACGGUCAAAAUUAAUGGAGGAUAAAAUGGAAAGAGAAGAAUCUAAGCAUUUUGAUAGAGAUGUGGACCAGAGACAGGAAAGCAUAUGGAACUCUAGAGAUGACUUCAAACGAAGAGUUAAGUCCAGGAAGUAUCGAGAUGACCACAAACAAUUUGAUACCAGUUAUUUGGCAACAGAAAAGUAUGUUCAGUCAAGACCUGAAGAUCUAACAAAGAAGGACGUUUUGGGAUUUUUAGCCAAUUUUAAAGUUAUUAAUGAUACAGAUGCCAGACAAGUCAAGAGAAUCAUGUACAAGCUUAGCAAUCAACUUCUUCAGUUUGGUAAAAGGGCUUUGCAGUUAACGCAUUCUACAGAGAAAUUAAUUGAAGCAGAAAAUCCCAUCUUGGUUAAUGAACAUCGCAGAUAUGAAUCUCGUAGGGCAGGAAUUUUGAGGGAUUCUCCAGGUCACCCUGCAGUACAAAAUGCAACUACAUCAAUGUCAUCAAUACAAAACCAUCUUUUGACCCCAUCACUGCUAAAUUCCAUCCGUGGAAUGGAUAUGAAUACAAUUACCAAUACUCUCACAAGAUUGGCUGCCAACAACCCUGCUUUUGAUGGUAUCAGGAUUUCGACUUUGGUUACUGUACUGAUGGAGGCUGGUGUUCUUGGUAAAAGACCAAAUUAAGAUCUCCUACAACAGUGACCUUUUAGCUGAUCGUUACCUGGAAAUGUUGGUCUUUUAUGAUUAAGUUUUUAAAAAGUCUUUUUAAACCUUAUUCAAAUGCUAGAUUAAGAUAAAAGGGUUGUUUGCUACAUUCCAAUAUGUUGAAUUGCCAGUUAAAUAAAACUUAGAGAAAUUACCUUCUUUGUGAAUCAUGUGGGCUGACAGCUUUGAUGUUUCUUUCAAUUCAAAGUGCAACAAAGCUUCAACCAUCUGAAUUUGUUAGCUGAAAUGCUCUAGUUUCUCUUCACAUCCUGAAAGCAUGAAGUAUACAAAUUUCACAUUUUUACUGCUAUCUCCCCUAAAUAGUCCACAUCAUCUGCAGUGAGCUGAUAUUGCUACUGGGUGUUUUAAUUGAAAAAUUGGAGAAUUUGUUAGGUUGAAAUUAAAGUGUGAACAAGAAUGCUGUAUUUUUGAAAUCGUUUUUGCUUGAUUUUGAUGCAGCAAAACUCAAAGGUUCAACUCUGAAACUUGUCUAUAUAGCCACAAAACAAAGAGAAGCUGGUAGUUAUUCAGAGAAUCAUCAGCCUACCCGUCCCCCACACAAAAAAUCUAAACAGAACAUCAACCUACAAAAACCCUUCCCUUGCAUAAUGAAAACGGGUGAUAAAGGAAUAUAAAAAUAAAUCUGGAAAAAGUCCACAGAUAUGACAAUUCAGUUAAGUUUUUAUGUAAAAUGAGGAAAAAUGAUUGGAUUUGGUAUAGCCAAUGUUCACAGGAUCUGGACUAGACCAAAGCAGUGUUGCUUGUGCUAAAAGGUUUACUAUUUUUUUUGAGUUAUCUAUUAAAGUUUUACAGAAUCAGGACAAAUAUAAUCAGUGUCGUUUUCAGAAUGAUGUCAUUUUUAUGCACUUUAUUAAAGCUCUGUUUAAUUUUUGACACCUACCUUAAAUAUAUAUUGUCAUAGAAAAAUUGACAAAUUUCAUUUGUUCUGAUAUGGUGUAUUUUUUUCCCUUUGAGUAAAAUAAAUAUUGUACAAGCUUUUCCUAUUACAUCUGUUUUGAUAAGAGCAGUUUGAGGAAAAAGUUUAGCAUGUGUUACUUUUACUGCUGAAUCAUGCAUGAUGAGGUUAAAUUAGAUCUGGUAAAAGGAAACAAGCUUGAGUGACAGAUUAAGAAAUUGAGAAUAAGUAAGUUGUAUAGCAAGCUGACUUAAGAGAUAUUGGAUCAAAGAGGGGUAAUUCACCAAUAAAUCUGAGUAGCUGUGAAGAGUUAUUGGAGGGUGAAGAAUGGUUCAACCCCCAUCUGCUUGGCUCUAAAUUAACUGGAAUAGGCUGGUAGCAUUUUCAUUAUUAGUAUUCUUUUGUGCAAAUACCUAUUCUUUGGAGUUUGUUUCAAGUAAUCCAGAAGCCUGACAUCGCAUGGACAAAAUGUGCAAGUUGUGUAUCAUGUUAUUUUUGGUGGGCCAGGGGUGGAGAAAAUAUUGACCACUGGUAGAUGAAAGUAAACAGAUUGCAUGUAAUAAGUAAAAGAGUCUUAGAAAUCAUUGCAUAAAUCAGAAACAGUAGACACACACACAAAAUGCUGGAGGAACUCAGCAGGCCAGACAGCAGCUAUGGAAAAUUUUAGGUGUGUUGCUCAGAUUUCCAGCAUCUGCAGAUUUUCUCUCGUUUCAGAAGUAGUAGAUUACCUAUUCAAAAGGAACUGAAGUAGCAAAUCAAUAAUGUUUUAUUCAGCUGUUUAAUGAUCAACUUCAAUAACUGGGUAUAAUAAAGACCAGGACUUAAUUUUUCUCAGUGUAUUUUUAAAACAUACUCAAACAUAAUAAUCAGUGAAUCCUUGUAUUCUAAUAAAUCUAAUCUGUAGAAUGUUAAAUUUGGAAUAAAUUUACAUGAAUUGAUCAUAAUCACUAUAGACUUCAAGUAUCUUACACAAAAAAACAUCUACAUGAACUUUAACUCAAGAAUGCACUAAAUUUCAAUAAUGUAAGGUCUAGAACAGUGACAAUCCCUUGGUAAAUCAGUUCUGACCUUCAGGUUUUUUGAGUGUACAAGAAGACAAUAACUUCAAAACAUGACAUUUAUAUACUCAAAAGUUGUAUUUUAAAUAAUUAACCACCACUAAUCAAUGGAUGGUAUUUUACUACAUGAACUAUUAGUAUUGAGACACAAUUACAAUGGAUCCUGGUUAAUUGGGGCACAAGGACUAGUACAUAUUGGCCCAAUUAAGUGGCUUCCUCAGUUAGCCAAAAUUUCAUGAAAAUAACUAAAAAGGUAUUUAAAAAAAAACAAACUGAGUAACAAAUUGUAA